AGAGUUGCCACUCAAGGACACCUAAUGCCUGGAUUUAGGUAAAUAUACAUGUGAGGGACCUUGAUCUACAGGUAGACCACCACCUCCUGUGUACUAGGAACAAUUGGGGUCCUAAUAAUCAUAAUUCAACGAUUAUACAAGGGGUAGUCUGGAGAGAGUGAUAAAAUGGUCAAUAUAAAGUUUUUACAAAAUGAAGCAAAAAUUACAAAAUUUCCUUUUACUUUGGGAAGGCCAUUGCAUAAACUGUGUGAAUGGAAUUGUACUUGUUUAUAUAGUUUGAAAGAUUUAUUUUCUGAUGGGAUUUUCAUGUCAAAAAAAAAGAGAGAGAGAAAACAAAAAAACGUUAUUACUACUGAACUUAUUUAUUAAUUUUGUUAUUAUUCAUAUUCUUAUUAUAUCUGUACUUUGAUAGCAUAGAAUAAGUUGUAUAUAUGUGUAAUUUUCAUUCUCUAAAAUGUUUUUGAAAAUAUAUUUAUACUCAAGUAUUUGUGGCAAAAUAUGUACAAGUAGAGUUCAUGUAGCUAAAUAUACUUAUUUAGUUUGCUUGUUUUUUUUGCUUGUUAGCGCACACAAUGGAUGAUCUCUUGCUAGCAGUAGCCAAAGGUGUAAAUAAAGUAGCUAUUAUUAUUUACCUUGUUUUGAGCAGUAUUAAUGCUUACAAUAUUUUUUAUCUAAUGGAUAAGGGGUAUCUCAUAGGGGACAAGCUAAAGUAAAUGAGAAAAAGAAGAAAAAUGUGAAGCUAAGAUCUUAUCAUUUUAUACAAAUUUGUAUCAAGAAGAAAAGAAAAAAAAGAGAGAAAAUAAGAAUCAAAGUUAUGGUGUUAUCAUUUUGUAUAUUUUAUACAAAAAAAAAAAAAAAAAAUAUGAGUGAGAAGAUAAACAAUAGAAAGAUAAGAUAGAUUUUUUUAAAUGUUCUUUCUCGUUAGUAAGAUUUAAAAAAUAAAUAGAUAAAUUAAUUAUUAAAAAAAGACAAGUGAUUAACAUUACUUUGUGAUAAAAAUUCAUUCUAUAGAUGUAUUUUAUAGAAAAAUAAAAAAUUACACUAUAAAGGAUGAAUGAAAAACUUCAUAGCCGACAUCCAAGUUCCUAUUUUUCAUCCCCUUAUAAAUGGAUAAUAAUUUUAGAGAGCAGAAGGUGGAACUUGUUUCAUUUGAUUGAAAAAUAAAUAUGAGCAUUUGUCAGAUAAAAAAAAAAAAAAAAAAAAAAUUCCAUGAAAGUAUGAAAGAAAUUUUUGGUGAGUCAUUUUUUUUUUCUGUUGAUGACUGACCUUUUUGACCUUCAAUAUUUCAGAAGAAAUAAAUUCAAGACAUUGACCAAAAUGUGUAAAGACUGUCCCUGAGUUCUGUGGCUUUGUAUGCUUCACUCAUUUCUCUUUAGUCAUAAGGUGUUCCAUCACAGCAGUCAUUUUUAGCACCUAGUGAAUAAUAAACACCCAUUCUAUUUGCAGGAGUCACAAUGGUCAUAAGCCGCAGCUUCAUUCUAACCCUGGGGACUGGAAUGUUCUGCGGUUUCUUCUCCUUCUAUCUCUUAAACACCACUGUAACUCUGCACCCUCGCUACAUAGAGGGCAUUAGUCCCCCUCACAGUAUAGAAAACCAUGCACACAACCACGAGGAACUGGAAAAUGCCGCUGGGCCGCUGGGGAGCGUAUCCAUGCACUCGAGUCACGAAGCUCACCAUGCAGGUGAGAGUGUGGAGGCAGAGCAACUCAAGGGAAAAGUUCGCGUUCUGUGCUGGGUGAUGACCAACCCAAAGAACCAUGAGAAGAAAGCACGCCACAUUAAAGCUACCUGGGCUCGGAGGUGUAACAAAUUACUGUUCAUUAGUUCAGAAGAAGACAAAGAACUAGGAGCGGUAGCAUUAGAAGUUGGUGAAGGUCGCGAUCACCUGUGGGAAAAGACGAAAGCUGCCUUUGUUUAUGUUUACAAUAAUCAUUACAAAGAUGCUGACUGGUUCUUGAAGGCAGAUGAUGAUACAUAUGUUAUUGUGGAGAACCUCCGCUAUAUGUUGAGUCCUUAUGAUGCAGACGAUCCCAUGUGGUUUGGCUGUCGCUUCAAGAAGUACGUCAAGCAAGGAUAUAUGAGUGGAGGUGCUGGCUAUGUCUUGAGUCGGGAAGCUCUGCGUAAAUUUGUGGAGGAAGCGAUUCCAAAUCCCAAGAAGUGUAGACAGGAUGCUGGAGGCGCAGAGGAUGUAGAAAUUGGUAAGUCAAGCAAGAAAACAUUUUUCUUAUACGCUACCGCCUCAAAGUCUCCGCCUCAGCGCCUCCACCUCGGAACCUCCACUUCAGAACCUCCACCUCAGUGCCUCCACCUUAGUUCCUCCACUGCAGUGUCUCCACUUCAACGCCACCACUUCAAUGACUCUACCUCAGCGCUUCCACCUCGGCACCUCAACUUCAGCACCUCCACCUUAGCGCCUCCAUCUUACUGCCUCCACCUCAGCAAUUCCACCUCAGCACCUCUAAUUCAGCGCCUCAAUCUUAGUGCCUCCACCUCAGUGUCCCAGCACCUCCACCUCAACGCCACCACCUCAAUGACUCCACCUCAGCGCUUCCACCUCAACGCCACCACCUCAAUGACUCCACCUCAGCACGUGUCUUUCAGCGCCUCCACCUCAGCGCCACCACCUCAUUUCAGAGUCGCUCCGGGCGGCGGAGGCAAGGCGAGGGCUGUAGUGGCCCCGCGAGGAAGGGUGCAAGUCGAGAGGGCCACUUAA